AUGCAGAGCGGCCGCCGUCGCCGCCUCGCUCCUCCCCCAGCUCUCCCAGAGCCGGACGCCGCCCCGCCCCCACCGCCCCUUUCCCGGCUUCGGCCGGGCGGCGGGCUGGGGAUCGCAGCCGCGGCUGGGGGCCGGAGUGCCAGCGGAUCCACACCGACCUCGCCGGGGCUCGCGCUGUUCGCCCCGCCCCGGAGCCCGCUCGGGCGCGUGCGCGCCAGCCAGCCAGCGCACAGGCGCGUGCUCGCGCCGGCGCGAACCCGACGCGCCGAGCUCGAGGCCGUUGCAGCCACCCGGCGCGCGAAGGCCGGGCGGGAGGCGGCCCGCGCGCCAGGGAUCUGCGAGUGGAGAGGCGCCGGGCGGGAGGCGGGCUCCAGUCCGUCGGGUUACCGCUCCUCUCGAGACCCAGCCCCUCGCGCCUCGCACCGCCCGCCGGGUCGCGCGCCUCAGUUGAGGGUGCUCGGGCGUCGCCGGGAACUGGGAAUAACGAGGAAGGAGUAGAAAUGGAAUGCUAUGACCUUGCUUAAUGGGAAACUUCAUGCUGCUGAAGAAUGGUACCUGACCAAGAGAAUCCAAGAUCCCUUCCAUAAUGACAGAUUUCACCUACCAAAAGUUGCCUAGAAAACUCUUCAUUAUAGGGCCUCUUGUUGCUGCAGAACCAAUAUUGUUUCUUUGGGAGGAAAAUAAAGUCUACUUUUGGAAAUCUCACAGUGUUAGGAAAGACAUCUGAUGCCUCUCCUAAGAUAGCCAGUGGUCUAAUGGGAGACAGUUUUUAUAUGCGGAUAUUCCAUAUGUAGAUAUAUAGAAGGGAGGUGAGUUAAGGAGCAUGCAUAGGCCCAAUCUAUGAGAGCUGUCAAAGCAUCACUGGAAACCUAACAAUGUGAAGAAUAUCAUAUUUAACAGAUCUCUAAGAGAGUUCUGAGUGUAGUUUAAAGUGUGGUUGAAAGUGUGGGUCACAUAGAGCAUACAACUUGCUAAGUGGAGUUUGCAAGAGGGGUACUGUAACUCAUGGCCCACUUUCACCCUUUCUCCAUGCCACAUUCUAUCACUCCAAAAAGACAUUGAAUAAAUGUUUCAAAAAUA